CUCACUUCAGUCCGUGAGAUGGACACUUUUCCUAUUCUGGGGAAAAGAUCACGGGGAUCCUUUACCCUAAAUCAUUGAUUGUCAAGUCGUUUGAAAGGGAUAUAGGAGAGGACUACAGACGGGAGCACCAGUCCCCAUGUUCAGGCGCAAGGACCAGCGUUUUUUUGCGACUGGAGAUUAGCUGUAAAAGUGGAUCAAGGAAAGCAUGCGCUAAUGGAUCAAACAUACGGAGAAGUCAACCAGCUCGGGGGUGUAUUUGUUAAUGGCCGACCUCUUCCCAAUGCUAUCCGAGCAAGAAUCGUAGAGUUGGCCCAGCUCGGAAUAAGACCUUGUGACAUCAGUCGACAAUUGCGCGUCUCGCAUGGUUGUGUAAGCAAGAUCUUGGCAAGGUACAACGAAACGGGUUCGAUUUUACCCGGUGCAAUUGGAGGAAGUAAACCACGAGUAACAACACCAAAUGUAGUGAAAAGCAUUCGGGAGUACAAGCAAGGAGACCCUGGGAUAUUUGCUUGGGAAAUCCGUGACCGACUUCUCGCGGAUGGAGUUUGCGACAAGUACAACGUUCCUUCAGUGAGCUCCAUUAGCCGAAUUCUUAGGAACAAGAUUGGAAAUCUGUCGCAACCGAAUCAGUAUGAAAACAGCAAGCCACAACAUCCACAGAUACCAUACAACCACAUGUAUCCAUACUCCUAUUCCAAUCCAAUGUCUCCUACCGGGAACAAGCUGGGUAACGCACCUGGAGUGCCGGUACACGGAGGGCACGUCAGCCUGUCGCGGGCCUGGUCGUCGAUGCACACUGUUGGCAAUUUUUUAGGUAUACGGGCCUUCAUGGAUCCUUCAGCUAUUGCUGGAGCUGAGGGCUACCAGCCGAAGUUAGAGGAUUGGACUAGCGUGAACCGAGCCACAUUUCCCUCUGCACACGCCAUCAAUGGCAUCGACAAGUCUCCCAUAGAAGCGGAUAUCAAAUAUCCACAGACCUCGUCGAGCCUCUCCAGUUAUGUUCAAGCUUGUGCGUACUCUCCAGCCAAUCAAUAUGGGGUAUAUAGUGGCCCGGCUGGUAGUUAUGUGACUGGACAUCCAUGGCAGUCCCAAGGAGCCACGCUGUCUCAUCCCAACAACGCCACAGCCAUGCAUGCGUCAAACCUGCACUCUCCUAUGGCCUUCAAACACUCACGAGAAGCUGGGAACAGAAAACCUCCGAGUCCUCUGAGCAAGCACCAGCACGAGACCCUGAGUAGCGUGCACGGGCUCGCGCUCACUACCUCAGGCUCCUAACUGCAGAACACAUGCAUGUAGUUCCGAGCAGAGUGACUACACCAAGGAAAAGGGAAACGGCUGUGGACACGCACUUUCAUGACUUUUCAGUAAGUUAAGAGGUUGUAGUAAGCCAAUUUGCUGAAGACGGACACGACAUUAGUCUCCUCCAAACUUUAAGAAAGACAGGACUGCAAGAUCGAAUGCAGUACAUUUCUGCAAUAUUUGCAGGGGUCUUUGUUUUUGACUCGCCCAUCUUAAUACUUGUCUGGAAGAAUUCACAUGGUGGCACAAAUGUUUAUGGCAAGCUUAAUGUUCGUAGCGGCUCGGUGGAAAACGUUACCUUAUUUGUUUGUGAGCAUGCAUACAUUAAAACAAAACAAAAUAUUGUCAAGCGGAGGAGCCAGAAUGUAUUGUUAGUGAGCAUGUCUGUAAAUGUUAACUAUUUUUGAAAGGUUUAUUAUAUAUAUUUUCUAAAUAAAUUCCUUUGUAAAUAUGAUUAAUAAAGGCAUGUAAAAAGAAAGGACAUCUCUAAUAUUGUCCAGCUACUUGGUUUAAUAUGCCAUUGUUUACUUUCUACAGCGAAAUAUUUAUAAAUACCAACCAAAUGUGAAACUUCAAUGUUGAUUACAUCACACAAAAGUAGGCUGCCUCGCUGAUUGUAUGCAAUGAUAAUUCAAUUGGCCAAAAGCCUGUAUACAAAGUUAAUUAUUUCUACUUUCAUCUUACCAUGCUGCCCCUCUUGUUUGUGCUAACUGGAGUUAAUGAUGCUAUGCACUGAACGGCGCCUCUGGAGAUGCUAUCUUAGCAGUGUGCUAUAAUGCCUGAACUUUCGUUUUUGCCUUUUCUGUGUUUUAUAAAACUAUAAAGCUAUGGAGCUAUAUAGCAAAUCAUUACAGUUUUCGAUUUUAUUACAUUUUAUACCUUGCAAGAACUCUUCAUAGAUUUUGUUCAGGGCCAAUAAACGCUUAUGUGAAAACGACGCAAACAAUAACGCUUGCACUUGAUUGAGUUCAGCUGAUGGCAAUAAUCCACAGGCGUGGAGUGGGAAGGUAACAGUCACAUUGCAUAUCUGCAACAAUUCAGCUGCACUUUUGUGUGAUGUGUAGCAUUGCCUUGCAUCAGUAUUUUUCUUCAUAUUUACUUUUGAUUUAUGGUUGUGUUCUGUUCAGCUCUACCUCGUAUAUAGGUUUGUUUCUGGAGUGCAUAAGGCUCCUAUACAGUUGAUGAGUGCGUUAUAGGCUUCGCAGCGACUGCUGCUUUUAGCCUCUUUUUUAAAGAGAGAAUUUGUUGUAGGUGUUAAUAUAGUAUUUGUACUGGAAAUAUUUUUUCAACUACAUAGUCAAUUGAAUUUAAAUAUGGAAAGCAGGCUAUCUCUGUGAAGAACUGUUUAUAAUGGAGGCUAAAUACUGAGGUAAUGGAAUCUAACUAAUGCUUUUUUAGCCACAUUGUGUGGACUCAACAUAUUUGAAAUUACACUGUAAAACUAUCCCCCAAAUGCAGCAGUUUUUGACUACAACUGUGUAGGUUUGUUUUUGUGCAUCAUACAGCACAUGGGUAAUUGCUGCAUUAGAAUGUAAAAUUAAAAUCUGGCCUAUGGUUUUUGCUAUGUAUCAUUCUUAGUAACUCUAGAGAAUCAGAAUGUUGACUAACCUACCUGAUGCUUAAACAAGUUUAUGUUCUUCAUGAACAAUACUCAAUUUCUCACUAUUAGUUGCUCAGUGCAAAGCAUGACAUGGAAUCAGGCCUCAGGGACCAUUUAGAAAUCAUUUCUUCCACUUUAUCAGGGAGACCCUGCUUCCCCAAAGUCAAUCUGAGGCGUUGUGAUGUUAAAUGUGGAAUGCUUGAGCAAUAAAGUGGUGCUGGACUAGG